AUGUCCUUCUCUUUCGUUUUGCUCAACCCCGCCGGGGCAAUCUGUGUCUCUCGCGACGCCACUACCGUCGGACCAUCUCCGUCACCCGACUCUCCCCUGAACCCCAGUGCCUCCCCAUACCACCAACCGUCUCCAUCACCGGAAUCGGUUCCUCCUCCACCAUCCACGGCUGCUUCUCCGCAAAGCUCACAGGCCGGACCAUCUCCGUCGCUCAACUCUCCUCUGGACUCCGAUGCGUCCCCAAACCACAAAUCGUCCCCUUCGCCAGAAUCGAUUCCUCCUCCACCCUCCGCGGCAGCUCCUUCACAAAGCUCACAGGCCACGGAUGCCGAUCCUCCAUCAACCAAUGCAGAGGCCACUACCGUGCAUAGGGGCAGCCCAAUACAGGCCGGAGCGGCCAACCUUGCGCUAAAAAAGGUGUGCGAUACGACCGAUUACCCCGCCCUCUGCAUCUCCACCCUCGCCCCGUUCCUGGUCGGGAGCGCGCUGCUGGAGGAGCCCAUUGUGCUACUCCACGCGGCCAUCAAGGCGGCAACCGCGGAGACCAAGCUCGCGAUGAUGGUGCUAGGCAGGCUCAUCGAGACAUCGCGUGCAGACGCCAGGACCUUGAUGAUCCUCAAGGACUGCCAUGACAACUACAGCGACGCGCUGGACAACUACCAGGCCGUGACGGACGCGAUCCCGAACUGGGACAUAGGGACCAUAAACACCAUGCUGAGCGCGGCGGUGACGGACUACGAGACGUGCGAGGACGAGUUCUCCGGGAGGCGCUCCCUGAUGGCCAGCCGGGAUAAUAAGCUUAGCCGUAUGGCUGAUAAUUGCUUGGCCAUUGCUUCCUUGAUCAAAUGA